UGUGUUUUACCACCCAUGAUGGAUCGAUUGCUUCGCGAAACAAACCAAAAGGCUCGCCAUGCCAACAAGGUUUGGUUGCUCACGGAUUAUGCCAACAAGAUUAUGUUGCACAUGGAUCGGUUGAUUUACGGACUGACCUAAAUCGCACAGCCCGCGGAGAAGAUGAAAGUUGUCAGGGUGUUCUAGCAAAGGACUAUUCAGGGCCACACCUUCCAGAGGACAUCUGGUGUCAUAUACAUUCCCUAAUGCCACUCCGAGAUGCCGCCCGGGCUGCUUGUGUGUCUCGUGCCUUCAAAUUCUCCUGGAGAUGCUAUCCCAAGCUCACUUUCAGUGAAGAAACAUUGGGUUUGGAUGGACAUGUGAAUCGAAACGCUGAUGCAAGAGCUUUUACUACCAAAGUUGACCAUAUUCUUGAGAAGCACUCAGGCGUUGGCAUAAAGACACUGGAGCUUCUAGGAGCUCUAGAUUACAAUGCCAAAGACCGUUGUUAUCUUGACAAAUGGCUUCAAAUGGCGAUUACACCAGUACUUGAGGAACUUUGGCUCUAUUUAUCUUCAGUAAAUAACAAGUACGAAUUCCCAUGCUUAGUUCUAUCACAUGGGAAUGCAGCGUCGCUUCGACGUCUUCACCUUUCAAAAUGUACCUUUCGUCCCACAGUUGGCCUUGGUUGCUUGAGAAGCCUGACAAUAUUAAGUCUACUCCAAGUGCGCAUUACAGGUGAUGAGUUAGGUUCCCUUCUUUCUAGUUCUUUUGCUUUGGAGCGAUUGGAACUCAGGCAUUGCGAGAAAAUAAGUUGCUUGAUGAUACCUUGCCUUCUUCUGAGGCUCAACUACCUGGAGGUGUUAUAUUGCAAGAACCUGCGAAUCAUGGAGAACAAAGCUCCAAAUCUCACCCAUUUUACAUUAGUGGAAUGUAAAUCCCUGCAGGUACAACUGUCACAUCUAGCAUCAUCUCAAAUGAAGAGUGUAUUCAUGGAUUGUCCUGGCGUUAUUGGUUAUAUUCGUGCAUCAAGCAUGCCAAACCUUCAAUCCCUUCUCAUAUAUUCAUCCGAGAUGGUUGACGCACCAAUGUCCAGCAAAUUUCUCCACCUCAAGUAUUUGAAUAUCAUUCUCAGGAGAGGGACCUUUUCCCUAAGCUAUGAUUAUCUCUCUCUGGCAUCUCUCUUGGACGCUUCCCCUUCCUUGGAGACCUUCAUCUUGGAUGUAUGGGAACCACGCAUGGAGCAUGUCUCAGCUUCCACGGAUCUCUCGGAGCCAAGGGAGAUGCCUGGACACAACCAUGACAAGCUCAAGAACGUGAGGAUCGACGGCUUCUACUCCACGAAGAGCUUGAUUGAGCUGGCAUGCCAUAUCGUUCACAUCGCAACGUCGCUAGAGUCGCUUAUAUUGGACACCCGAGACAGGCCAAGGGAAAUCUUCUACUUUGGUACGUCAAGGGAAAAUAUUCUUAAAUCCCGUAGAGCACUUGUGGCUAUCCAAACUUACAUCAGGCCGAAGGUUCCAUCCACAGUUCAGUUUCUUGUUCUGGAACCUUGA